UUGUUUACAGCUGCUAGGUGACAGUGUUACUGACAGGUCCCUUUGGAUCUCUCAUGAAUUGUCUACUUUCUUUUUCUGCAGCAACUUUCUCCUCAACCUCAACCAGUGUCUUGUCAGUGGGGCAGUUUCUAGAAAGGAGGGAACACUUGUCAUCGUGCUUAGUAUGGGGUAAGUUACCACCAGUUGUUGAAUGAUUCCUAAACUAUGUUUUCUUCUCUGUUUUGCUCACCCUCCCUGUCUCACUGCCUCUCGGAACGUGGAACGUGGACUUGCCCAUCAUCUGGAAAAAAUGUUGUCUCUGGGCCUUGGGACGUGGAAAAUGUGGGACCAUCGACCAUGACGACCGAAUCCGGCUCAGACUCGGAAGCCAGGCCGGAGCAGGAGGCCGAGCCGCGGGAGGCGGGCGGCGAGGAGCGGCGCGCCCAGGAGGUGCUCGCGGCCGCGCCCGGCAGCCCCGCGCCGGAGCAGGUCGCUGACAAGGAACAGGAGUUUGCUGCUGCAGCUGCAAAGCAGCUCGAAUAUCAGCAGUUUGAAGACGAUAAACUUUCUCAAAAAUCAUCUAGCAGUAAGCUAUCUCGAUCUCCAUUAAAGAUUGUCAAAAAGCCUAAAAGUAUGCAGUGCAAAGUGGUGCUUCUGGAUGGAUCAGAAUAUGGCUGUGAUGUGGAGAAACGCUCCAGAGGCCAAGUGCUGUUUGAUAAAGUAUGUGAACAUCUGAACUUGCUAGAAAAAGAUUACUUUGGGCUUACAUAUCGAGAUGCUGAAAACCAGAAGAAUUGGUUGGACCCUGCUAAGGAAAUCAAAAAACAGAUUCGAAAUGGUGCUUGGCACUUUUCAUUUAAUGUGAAAUUUUACCCGCCAGACCCUGCCCAGCUAUCUGAAGAUAUCACCAGGUACUACCUCUGCUUACAAUUGCGAGAUGACAUCGUGUCUGGGAGGCUACCCUGCUCCUUUGUCACCCUCGCCCUGUUGGGCUCCUACACUGUCCAGUCAGAACUUGGAGACUAUGACCCCGAUGAAUGUGGGAACGAUUACAUUAGUGAGUUCCGCUUUGCACCAAACCACACGAAAGAGCUGGAAGACAAAGUGAUCGAGCUGCACAAGAGCCACAGAGGAAUGACGCCAGCAGAAGCAGAGAUGCAUUUCUUGGAAAAUGCCAAAAAACUAUCCAUGUAUGGGGUAGAUUUACAUCAUGCCAAGGAUUCUGAGGGAGUAGAAAUUAUGCUAGGAGUUUGUGCAAGUGGUCUGUUGAUAUAUCGUGACCGACUGCGAAUAAACAGAUUUGCCUGGCCUAAGGUUCUAAAAAUUUCAUACAAACGGAACAACUUUUACAUUAAGAUCCGGCCGGGAGAGUUUGAACAAUUUGAAAGCACCAUUGGGUUUAAGCUGCCAAACCAUCGAGCCGCCAAGCGUCUAUGGAAAGUAUGUGUUGAACACCAUACAUUUUUCAGACUGUUGUUACCAGAAGCACCUCCAAAGAAAUUCCUUACCUUGGGUUCCAAGUUUCGUUACAGUGGCAGAACGCAAGCCCAGACGAGAAGAGCCAGUGCAUUGAUCGAUCGUCCAGCCCCCUACUUUGAGCGCUCGUCCAGCAAACGUUACACCAUGUCUCGCAGCUUGGAUGGAGCAUCAGUGAAUGAAAACCAUGAAAUAUACAUGAAGGAUUCUGUGUCUGCUGCAGAGGUUGGUACUGGCCAGUACGCCACAACAAAGGGCAUCUCUCAAACCAACUUGAUCACCACUGUGACUCCGGAGAAAAAGGCCGAAGAAGAGCGCGGCGAGGACGAGGACAGACGGAAGAAGGCAGAGGAGGCCACGCCCGCUGCAGUCGUGCGGCAAGAGGGAAAGUCACCUGGGCUUGGCACUGACUCAUGUCCCCUGUCCCCCCCAUCAGCCCACCGACCCCCUGCAUCUCCCACAGAGCUCCGUAGGAGGUGUAAGGAGAAUGAGCGCCAGCCACCCGGUUUCGAGCCGUCCAGGGACACCGUGUGUGUGCACGGAGAGCCCACCUUGGACUCUGACGGCAAAGGGAAGCCAUACUUAGGGGACCAAGAUGUGGCCUUUAGCUACAAACAGCAAACUGGCAGAGGGACCACCCUGUUUUCCUUCUCCUUGCAGCUCCCUGAGUCGUUCCCUUCUCUUCUAGAUGACGAUGGCUACCUCUCUUUUCCCAACCUGUCUGAAACCAGACUCCUCCCACAGAGCUUGCAGCAUUGUCUCCCGAUCCGCUCGCCCUCCCUCUUGCCCUGUUUCCUCUUCAUCUUUUUCUUCCUGCUCUCCGCCUCCUUCUCAGUGCCAUGUGCCCUCACUCUCUCCUUCCCUCUGGCUAUGUGCCUCUGCUACCUGGAGCCCAGGGCGGCCUCCUUGAGUGCCUCACUAGACAAUGACCCGAGUGACAGUUCAGAGGAAGAGACCGACAGUGAGCGCACGGACACCGCCGCUGAUGGGGAAACCACUGCCACGGAGUCGGACCAGGAGGAAGAUGCAGAGCUCAAGGCACAGAAUAGUCUGAUUAAGCGAAUAAAGGGUGAAAAUGUGUAUGUCAAACAUAGUAAUCUUAUGUUAGAGGAGCUAGAUAAAACUCAAGAUGACCUGAUGAAACAUCAGACCAAUAUCAGUGAGCUGAAAAGAACCUUUCUAGAAACCUCCACAGACACUGCCAUCACAAAUGAAUGGGAAAAGAGGCUUUCUACCUCUCCAGUGCGACUGGCCGCCAGGCAGGAGGACGCACCCAUGAUUGAACCGCUGGUCCCUGAAGAGACCAAAGAAGAAAGAGAGAUUUCUGAAAAAGUUGUGUUUUUGCAGCAAGGAAGCUCUCCAUUCCUUGAGUCCCAGCCGAGUGUGAUGAAGAGAACACAGGAGGGAGACUCCGUGGGCUCUGUGGUUACCUCGCGCCAAAUCGUUUUCCAGAAAACUGUCCCAUCGACCCUAGAGGGCACAGAGGAUUGGGUUAUUGUAGACAAAAUACCCACUGAGGUAGUUGGUGGUGAUUUGAAAAGGAUUGUCACUUACAAGGUGGUGACUGUGAGCAGUACAACUGGUGACAUCCCCGCAGACGUGCUGAGGUCUAGUGCCACUGACAUGCAGAGCUUCUGUGACUUGGCCCAAGAAAUGCAAUGGAAAGAAGAGAGCAAACAGAAAAUAUACACUCUAGGAAAAUCCUACGAUACUGUGUCGGGGAAAAUCGUUACUAUGACUGGAAAAGCUAAAGAGGGGGAGAAGGUGGUGCAACCGUCCACUCUGGAAGCUCUUCAGAAAAUGGAGAGAGGAUUGUCAGAGUCAGGGAAGGUCAUCUCAGGUGUGGCAGAGUACGAGGUCCUGGAAGCCGUUGCCGAUGAGGAAGCCAAGAGAGGACCCGAGGUCCAGACUCCAAAGCGGAAAUUGUCAGAAUCCCUGUCUCCCAUCAAGGAAGCCGAGUCUCGAAGGCAGAGUCCUGAAGAAGACCUCCAGAAAGCUCAGAUGCUGGGAAGGGAUCCAGCUCUCCACGCUGGCCUAGGGAGCGUGCGCUUCAGCAAAAUGGAGCCAGCACCGGAGAGUGAGGCCUUAAAAGUGGGACUCUUUGGUCCCAGAAGGAAGAGCCUGUCCGAGUGGAGAUACUCCCAGGAACCGGCCAUCGCCGUGGCUGCUGCUCAUUCCGUUACCGAGUCGGCAGCCUCCGGAGUCGCGACUAAACAGUCUACUGGUGAAAAGCUCAUGGAUGGCUCUGAAAUCUUCAGUUUAUUAGAGUCUGCAAGAAAACCGACAGAAUUCAUAGGAGGGGUUACUUCUGCUUCUCAAAGCUGGGUUCAGAAAACAGAAACCCAGGCAGAGUCCACCGAAGGUGCCCAGCACCCCCAGCCACUCAGCACUGAGAAGGUUGUGCAGGAAACCGUGUUGGUGGAGGAAAGAUUCGUGAAGCAUGUGCACGCAAGCGGCGAUGCUUCUCACGUGGCUGGAGACGACGGGGAUGCUGCAGCCCAGGUGGCGUCUGCUGAUGCUUCUGGUGCUAAAGGGAAGGAUGGUUCUGCUCUGACGGAGGGGGCUAAGGAGGAAAAAGGGGAGGUGGCCGAUCAAGCUGUCCUCAAACCGGAAGAGAUGGCCACUGCUUCCCACGAGCCAGAGGAGGAGCCGAGUGCAGCAAUCCAUAUUUCUGAAACUUUGGAACCUCCUUUUGAGGCGUCGGCUGUGAAGACAGAAAUCAUCAGCUUUGGCAGUGUUUUACCAGGAGGAGUAAAGCUUGAAAUUUCUACCAAGGAGGUGCCGGUGGUUCACACAGAGACAAAAACCAUAACAUAUGAAUCAUCACAGGUUGACCCUGGUGCUGAUCUGGAGCCGGGCGUGCUGAUGAGCGCACAGACGAUCACGUCAGAAACCACCAGCACCACGACCACCACCCAUAUCACCAAAACUGUGAAAGGAGGCAUUUCAGAGACGAGAAUUGAGAAGCGCAUCGUCAUCACGGGAGACGCGGACAUUGACCAUGACCAGGCUCUGGCUCAGGCAAUUAAAGAGGCCAAAGAGCAGCACCCUGACAUGUCAGUGACCAAAGUAGUGGUCCACAAGGAGACGGAGAUCACCCCAGAAGAUGGCGAGGACUGACGCCAGGACUAGCUCGGCCUGCGCACGAGUCCAGGCACGCCAGCCGCGAGAGCCAGAGCCCGGAGGCCCCCCGGACCCGCCGACUUCAUCUGCCCGCGGAAGACUCCAUCCGGAAGACCUGACCUUGACCCUUAAUAAAGACACUGGCAGAGAGAUCUUCCCUUAAUAAAACAAUCCAAAUCAGCAUCACUAAACUGAUAUUGCAUGAAGCAAUGGUAACGUUACAAAAGAGCAGCAUUUUUAAUUUUCACCAAGUGUCUCAGUUUUCAGCUACUCCUGCACGUUCAUAACCGACAGUAGACACCGCGAUCUCAUGUAACAUAAGCAGUUCAUGCCUUUCAUAGCUCAUUACUAUUAAAAUCUAAGCAAAGUUUCAAUUUCUUAGGUGACAGCUCUUUUGUUUACAGACAAAUGAAGAUUACCCUGAAAUGCUCCAGUGUGUCAGGUUUAUUCCAGAUUAGAUGUGCCAAUAACCGCAUUUAUUCAGGAAACAACUUGAAUCUUGUCCUCGUUUCGUCUGCUCUUACUGCUUACCCGUGAACAGCGAUGACUCUGAUCCUCCAGAAAGAUUUCAUGCUUCCAGUCCCGCUUUGUGUACCUAAUUUAAUUCAUUAAAAGGUAGUACUGAUUUUAGCAUAUUAAUGUGAUUUUUUUCCUUCUCCACUUUGGUCUGCAUUCAAUCUGGAAAGCUUCCCGGAGUUCCUUAACAAGUCCUGAAUGCGGAAAUUGUCAUUGUUUUGGGAAGAAAAUCUGUAUUUUUAUUAGUUUACAAUAUUAUGAGAUUUCACUCCAGGACAACCUAUUGGGUUUCUGAGGGUUUGUUUUCUUUCUUCGUUUCCUCUUCCUUGUAUUUUUUCAUUGGUUUUUCUUCUUUUACUUGAAAAAGGUUUUAUUUCCAAAUCUGGUCCAUAUUUACAAUCUAGUUCAGAGCCAAGCCUUAAACUGUACAGAAUUUCCACUGUAAUUAAACUAUUUAGCGUUUAGUUAUAAAUAGCCUUCAAGAAGAUAUAUUCUCCAUUACACUGUCCACUGCAUCACAUAGCCCGUGGCGAAUGUACGUUUCUGCAUAGCGAAAUAAAAAUGGUUCAUGCGUUUAAAACUUGAA